GGAAAUGAACUACUCUUUGAGUUUCUAGGACAAUAUUCUGAAGAAAGGGCAAUCUUAGUAGCAAGCUGACUCCUCACUUGAUGAAAAUAUAUGAAAAAAUACAAUAAAAUCUCUUUCAGCUAGAGGUCAGAGAAAGAGCAAGAGCAAUCAGAUGGCUUUAAGAGAUUUGGAUACUACUGUGAUCAAAACCAUAAAACUUCUCUAAUUUCUCUGUGAAAAUGUGGUCGUGGAUCGGAUUUUCUCGGGUAUCCAGCCAACUGGGACGCCUCAUCUGGGUAACUACCUUGGAGCCAUUCAGAACUGGGUGAAUCUGCAGGAGGAGUGCAGCUCAGUGCUCUAUAGCAUUAUGGACCUGCACUCUCUCACCAUGCCCAAGGAGCCAGCUGUCCUUCGCCAGAACAUCCUGGACACCACUGCUGCCAUCCUUGCCUGUGGGAUUGACCCAAAGAAGUGUCUCCUCUUCCGGCAGUCACUGGUUCCUGAGCAUGCAGAACUUGCCUGGAUUCUUGGGUGCUUAACUAAUGUGCCACGUCUGCUACGUUUGCCCCAGUGGAAGAUGAAGCGUGCCAGCCAGAAUAGCGAAGGAACUGUUGGUUUGUUGACUUACCCUGUGCUUCAAGCAGCAGAUAUUUUGCUGUACAAGUCAACACGUGUUCCUGUUGGAGAAGAUCAAGUCCUGCACCUGGAACUAGCCCAAGAUAUAGCACAACAUUUCAACAAGAAAUAUGGGGAAUUCUUUCCUGUGCCCAAAGCCAUUUUAAGUACAACAAAGAAAAUAAAAUCCCUGAGAGAUCCAUCGGCGAAGAUGUCCAAGUCAGACCCACAGAAGUUAGCUACUGUUAACAUAGCAGACAGCCCAGAUGAGAUCGUGCUGAAAUUUCGCAAAGCUGUGACUGACUUCACCUCGGAGGUGACCUACGAGCCCGCCGCCCGCCCCGGCGUCUCCAACCUGGUGUCCAUCCACGCUGCAGUAACGGGGCUUAGCAUCAAAGAGGUGCUGCACCAAGCCACUGGUCUCGACACUGCUCACUACAAAAUGGUGGUGGCAGAGUCGGUUAUCCAAAAAUUUGCACCUAUCAGGAAUGAAAUCAAGAAGCUGCAGGAAGACAAGUCUCAUCUGGUAAAGGUUUUAGAGGAUGGAGCAGAGAAAGCCAAAGAACUGGCUGCUCCUAUCUAUCAAGAAAUAAGGAGAUUGGUGGGAUUUCAAUAGAAGCUGCUGAGUAGUUGCAAGGACUUUUGUAUCAUGGGACAGAGAUUUUGUUAUUUGUAACAAAAUCAUUUAUUAAAUAUUAAUAAUUUUGGUUUGAAACAAGAGCAUUUUUUCGUGGAAGAUCCAAGGAGAAGGUUGAAGGUGGUUUCAUUAAACCAUGUGCAUAAAGCCAGGUAUUUCCAGUGGGACCAGCAUUAAGCUUGUCUGGCUAGUCAAAGUGGGAGGACAGAAGCAAUCACAAUUCACAAAGAAACUGUGCAAAAGCAGAUUAUAAGGUUGCCUGUGUGAGUUCUUGGAUUUUUCCAUUGACCACUGCAAGAAGCUGAAGUGUAGCUAAGGUGAUCAGAAUCUAGCAGAAGGAUUUGUAAUCCCCUCAAGAACAUACUUAGCUAUGUAUGUGCUGUUGUUACAGAUGGACAGUUUAUCCUGCUGGGGGUUAUUCAGCUUUGAUACGGUGACUGAACAUGUUCUUGGAUAACCAGAAUAAAAGCAGAGACUUAAAAAUAAAUGCUCAGAAUUAUGAAGAGGGAACUUACUGCUUCUCCCUGUAAUUUCUUCAAAUUCAGUGUGAAUUAUUUUUGUAUCUAUGUCAUUUGUGUGAAGUGAAUUUCACUUCUGCCAUUUGUGCCAUCCUGCUGGUCAGGUCUAAGGUACUUCAGUGAGAAAUGACGUGCUUCAGCUGCUCCUGUUUCACUGCUGUUCUGUUUAACAGGCAGCUCCGGGAUUUUCAGUUCAGCAUCAAGUCUAGGACUGCUUUAAAAAAGGUGUAGAAG